AUGGCUUCUGUAGCUAGAGGCAGACCGUCGCGCCGCGCGGCUUCGCGACGAACAUCCUACAUCGAAGAAGUUUCCGAAGAAGAGGAUCUCGGCAAUGUCACACCCACGCCAUCUCACUCCAACGCAGAGGACGAUGAAGAGAAUGAGUACACACCUGUGGCACAGAAACCAAUUCCCAGGCGAGGCGGUCGACGGAAAGCAUCAGAAGCACCAUCACAGCCUCCUAAACGGUCGGCGCGAGGUGGACGGAGACCGAAAACCACCGAACCCACCCCGCAACCGCAAGAACAUGAAGAGCCAUCCACUGUCGCAGAGACUGUGGAGCAGGAGAAUGAGGAGGACGAUGAGGAAGCGACGAUAAUAGCAGCUCAGGAAGGGCCUGAAUCGCCUUCUGAGAAGGUUCACGCAGCGCAGAAGAGGAAGAGGGCUGCAAGUUCCCGUAAGAGCCGUGAUUCAGCUACGCCAGCCGCAGAACUAUCCUCACUUCCUACUCCUUCUCCUUCAGCUUCGCCCGAAGCGUCCUCGCGAUCCCAUCGAGAAUUCAGUAGCCCGCUCUCCGAUAUCACGCAAUCUGCUGUCAAUAAAUCACCUGCCCCGACGAAAACCGAUGCCGAAGAACAAAAGUCCCAGAUCUCGAUCAUCAACUCCCAGUCAACCAACCUCGAAAAGCCAAUGGAUAUUGUCUUGAAAUCGCGGUCCUUGGGUAUCCCUGUCGCCGAAGAAACCAAUACUCCACACGCACGUAUGGUAAUCACUCACCUUGUGCUUACUAACUUUAAAAGUUACGCGGGCAAACAGAUUGUCGGACCCUUUCAUGUAUCGUUUUCAUCUGUUGUCGGCCCCAAUGGUUCCGGAAAGUCUAACGUCAUCGACUCCCUACUCUUCGUAUUCGGAUUUCGCGCCAGUAAGAUGCGCCAGGGAAAGAUUUCCGCCCUGAUUCACAACUCCGCCAGGUUUCCCGACUUAACCUUCUGCGAAGUUGAAGUACACUUCCAGGAAAUCAUGGAUCUUCCUGGUGGCGCUCACAAGGUCGUUCCCGAUUCCCAAUUGGUGGUUUCUCGCAGAGCGUUCAAGAACAAUUCCAGCAAGUACUACAUGAACAAGAAGGAGACGAACUUCACUACCGUAACCACGUUCCUCAAAGAUCGCGGGAUCGAUCUUGAUCAUAAGCGCUUUCUCAUCUUACAGGGUGAGGUUGAAUCGAUUGCGCAGAUGAAACCCAAGGCCGGUAAUGAGCAUGAAGACGGUCUUCUGGAAUAUCUGGAGGAUAUCAUCGGCACUUCGAAAUAUAAGACGCCCAUUGAAGAAGCAGCCGCCGAAGUUGAAACCUUGAACGACGUUUGUGUCGAGAAAAACAAUCGGGUCCAACAUGUUGAAAAGGAAAAAACUGCACUCGAGGAUAAAAAGGACAAGGCUCUAGCUUACAUCCGAGACGAGAAUGAUCUUACUAUGAAACAAUCUGCUCUGUAUCAGGUCUACAUUGCAGAAUGCGAGAAUAACAACAAGGUCACCGAGGAAGCUAUCAUGCAAAUGCAAGAGUUGCUCAACAUGGAAUUGGAGAAGCAUGAAGGAAAUGAGUCUGGAAUAAAGGAGAUCGAAAAGAAAUACAAGCGUGUGACCAAAGAAUAUGAAAGCAUGGAGAAGACUACUCAGGCAAUGAUCAAGGAAAUGGCGAAAUACGAUAAGGAGGCUGUCAAGUUCGAAGAGAAGCGAAAGUUUUUGACAGGCAAGCAGAAGAAACUCGACAAGACUUUGCAGACUAGCCGGUUGGCAUCAUCAGAGUGCUCGAGUCUCGUCGAGAAGCAUGCCUCGGAUAUCGAGAAGAAGUCAGCGGAAAUUGUCCAGCUUGAAGAUGAGAUGAAGACGGAGGAAGAAGAGCUUGCAUCAAUCAGAGAAAGUUUGAAAGGCAAAACACAAGGUCUCUCGGAUCAAAUUGCCGCCAAACAGAAAUCCCUUGAGCCAUGGAACGCCAAGAUCAAUGACAAACUUUCUUCCAUUGCUGUCGCUCAAAGUGAACUUGAUAUCCUCCAUGAACGGGGUAAUGCGGGUGCGAAAGCCCUAGAGGAAGCUCAGGUCCGCGUUUCCACGAUCGAGGAAAGCUUAGCAGAGAAGGAAUCGGAACUUGAGGAAAAGCAUCAGGAGAAGACUCAGCUCGAAGCUGAAGUCGAAUCACUGAAGAAAGAUCUCAACAAGCUAUCUCAAAAGGAACCUGAGCUUCGCUCUUAUGUGUCCAAUGCACGGCAAAAGGCAGAAGAGGCUCGAGCAAGCCUGGCUAGCACGCAAAACAAAGGCAGUGUUUUGUCCGGUCUCAUGCGACUCAAGGAAUCCGGCCGUGUUGAAGGAUUUCAUGGUAGACUAGGCAAUCUGGGAACAAUUGAGGAGAAGUAUGAUGUCGCUAUUUCGACCGCCUGCCCGCAGCUUGAGAAUAUGGUGGUCGAUACCGUGGAAUCAGGCCAACAAUGCAUUGAUUAUCUACGCAAGAACAAUCUUGGUCGAGCCAACUUCAUUCUCCUUGACCGUUUGCCUAAGCGAAACAUGUCUACGAUCUUCACACCAGAAAGUGUGCCACGACUCUUCGAUCUGGUCAAACCCAAGGAUGCCAAGUUUGCCCCAGCCUUCUACAGCGUCUUGCAGAACACACUCGUUGCCAAAGAUCUGGAACAAGCCAAUCGAAUCGCUUAUGGCGCUAAGCGAUGGAGAGUGGUCACUCUCGAUGGACAGCUGAUUGACUUGUCUGGUACUAUGAGUGGUGGAGGAACGCGUGUCGCUAAAGGCGGCAUGUCCUCAAAACAAGUUGCCGAAACUUCCAAGGAACAGGUUUCCAAAUUGGAAUUUGACCGCGAUGAGUGGGAGAAGAAGCUUCAGCUAUUUCAAGACAAACAACGUCAGGUGGAGACAUCGCUCCGUCAAAAAUCCGAAGAAAUUCCCAAAUUGGACACCAAGAUACAGAAGAUUGGCAUUGAGAUAGAAAGCGGCAAGCGAAGUCUCGUCGAUGCCCAGCGUCGUAUGAAAGAACUCAGCGUCGAACACAAACCGUCCAAGACAGACGAGAACCGAGCGAAGGCAUUGAAUCAGCAGAUCAAGGCACUUCAACAGGAGGUUGAGAACUUGCGACAAGACAUGGCCGGCAUCGAGGAAGAGAUCCAAUCUCUCCAAGCUAAGAUCAUGGAAGUCGGUGGCGUCCGUUUGAGAAGUCAGAAAGCCAAGGUGGACAGCUUGAAGGCCCAGAUCAAUCUUCUGUCAGAAGAGAUAUCGAACGCAGAAGUCGCGAAAUCGAAGAAUGAGAAGCUCAUCAAGAAGCACGAAAAGGCACGCUUGGAAGCCGAAAAAGAUAGCGAGCAGUUAAAUGCUGAGAUUGAACGAUUGGAGGAAGAUGUCAAGAACCAGGCAAACGACGCUUCGGGUUCGAGACAACAGGCGGAGGACGCUCAAGAGGCACUUGAGACGAAACGUGGAGAAAUCAAAGCCCUCAAGCAGGAGUUGGACGAGAAGACGGCUGAAUUGAAUGAAACACGUGCUCAGGAGAUUGAAAUGCGGAACAAACUGGAAGAGAACCAGAAAGUGCUCACUGAAAAUCAGAAACGUAGUCGAUACUGGGAGGAGAAGCUUUCAAAGUUAUCAUUACAGAACGUCAGCGACCUUGGUGAUGCGCAGGAAACGGCGGAGUUGCAGGCAUUCACUGCUGAUGAGCUGGCAGAUAUGAACAAAGAGUCACUCAAGGCUGUAAUUGCAGCGUUAGAGGAGAAGACACAGAAUGCAUCGGUCGAUUUAUCUGUUAUUGAUGAGUAUCGUCGCCGUGUUGCUGAGCAUGAGACGCGCUCUGCAGACUUGAAUGAGUCACUGACAGCUCGUGAUGCUGCCAAGGCCCGCUUGGAUGGCCUUCGUUCCGCUCGUCUGACCGGAUUCAUGGAAGGCUUCAGCACGAUUUCACUACGUCUCAAGGAGAUGUACCAGAUGAUCACAAUGGGUGGAAAUGCUGAAUUGGAGCUUGUAGACUCAUUGGAUCCUUUCUCUGAAGGAAUUCUCUUUUCUGUCAUGCCACCGAAAAAGAGCUGGAAGAACAUCAGUAACCUGUCCGGAGGUGAAAAGACACUGUCCAGUCUGGCCUUGGUGUUUGCUCUCCAUCACUAUAAACCAACUCCGUUAUAUGUCAUGGACGAGAUUGAUGCCGCCUUGGAUUUCCGAAACGUUUCUAUCGUUGCUUCAUAUAUCAAAGAACGGACCAAGAACGCCCAAUUCAUCGUCAUUUCUCUUCGAAACAACAUGUUUGAACUUGCUUCCCGCCUUGUUGGUGUAUACAAGGUCAACCACAUGACUAAGAGUGUCACCGUCGAAAAUCGUGACUACAUCACAGGUCGAUCUUCUUCGACGACAGUCGCGCCAACACAGUCGUGA